UAUAUGCUUCCUUUUGGUUACAUCAUUAGAAAUCACUCUGUAAAUUUCCAUUGUUAUGCGGAUGAUACACAAUUGUAUUUAUCAAUGAAGCCAGAAGAAAGUAAUCAAUUAACUAAACUUCAUAACUGCCUGAAAGACAUAAAAAUCUGGAUGAGCACCAAUUUCCUUAUGUUAAAUUCAGACAAAACUGAAGUUAUUGUUCUUGGCCCCAAACAACUCAGAGACUCUUUAUCUGAUGACAUAGUUUCUCUAGAUCGCAUUGCUCUGGCCUCUAGCACUACCGUAAGAAACCUCGGAGUAACAUUCAAUCAAGAUUUGUCUUUUAAUUCUCAUUUAAAACAAAUCUCACGGACUGCAUUUUUUCAUCUGCAUAAUAUUGCAAAAAUUAGGCCUAUCCUGACCCGAAAAGAUGCAGAAAAAUUGGUCCACGCUUUUGUUACCUCUAGGCUGGAUUACUGUAACUCCCUAUUAUCAGGUAGCUCUAAUAAGUCUCUAAAAACUCUCCAGCUAAUUCAGAAUGCAGCUGCACGUGUACUGACAGGAACUAAGAAACGAGACCAUAUUUCUCCUGUUUUAGCUUCUCUGCACUGGCUCCCGGUAAAAUCCAGAAUUGAAUUUAAAAUCCUGCUGUUAACUUAUAAAGCUCUACAUGGUCAGGCACCGUCAUAUCUUAGAGAGCUCAUAGUGCCAUAUUAUCCCACCAGAACACUGCGCUCUGAGAAUGCAGGGUUACUCGUGGUCCCUAAAGUCUCCAAAAGUAGAUCAGGAGCCAGAGCCUUCAGCUAUCAGGCUCCUCUCCUGUGGAAUCAUCUUCCUGUUGCAGUCCGGGAGGCAGACACCAUCUCCACAUUUGAGACUAGACUUAAGACUUUCCUCUUUGAUAAAGCUUAUAGUUAG